AUGGUGCGAACAGGCACGCCCAAGGAGCAGGCCUACGCAGCCCGGCUGGCGCCGAUUGUGAAGUACCCCCAUUGGGUGCUCGCCACGCUGGUGAUCUUCAACACCGUGUCGUCGGUGGCCUUGCCGCUGUGCAUGGACCGCCUGGUCAGCUCGUUGGUGGCGCUGGUGGUGUCGUCGACGGCAAUCGUCCUGUUCGGGGAGAUUAUACCCCAGGCCGUGUGCUCGCGCCACGGCCUCGCGAUUGGCGGCACCAUGGCGCCCAUGGUCCGCGUGCUGAUGUGGCUGACGGGCCCGCUGAGCUGGCCGAUUGGCUGGCUGCUGGACUGGCUGCUGGGCACCAAGGGCGGCGUGUUUGGGCGGCGCCAGCUCAUGGCCCUAGUGGACCUUCACAGGACGUCGACUGGCAUGGGCGGGCCCCUGGCCGACGACGAGUUCAACGUGUUCAUGCUGUCGACAGACGACCGGCUGGACAAGGCCACGCUGCAGCGCAUCCUGGCGAGCGGCCACUCCCGCGUUCCAGUGUACGAGGGCAGCGACCGCUCCGCCAUCCAGGGCCUGAUCAUCGCCAAGGAGCUGCUGCAGUACGCUGGCCUGUUGUCAGGACCCCAGGCCCCGCCCCGCAUCGGCGACAUCGAGCUGCGGGACGUGCUGCAGCUGCCGGUCAACACCCGAAUGUACCACCUGCUAGACCUCUUCCAGACCGGCCAGUCCCACAUGGCGCUGCUGACGGCGCCCAAGAGCCAGGCCACCGGGGCCGCGUCCGCUAAGUGGCGGAAUGGGCGCCUGGCUGAGGUGGACGGCGUUGUGUUGGAAGACAAG